ACUACAUUCAUCCUUCUUUUCAUUUGUAUUAUUUAUUUUUCAUUUAUUAUUAUUAUUAUUAUUAUUAUUAUUGCAUUCAUCAUUAAUUAUAUAUCAUAAAACUUAAUCAACAUGGAUAUGCCUGCUUUACAAGGGAUGCCCAAUGAAAAGGUUGAUAGGGAUCAAGAACAUUAUACUCGACAACAUAGAUCAUCCGAUGACGAAAUGACUGUCAAUAUGAAUGAUGAACAUGAAUUAACGAAAUCAAAUACUCGUCGUACUGAAGGUGGUUAUGGUGAACAUGAAGGAAAUGCUGUAGAUAUUGAUACAGCUAUGCAAGAUUAUGAAGAAUUAAGAAAAGAAUUAACUCAACAUUCUCGUAAAUCUAUACAUGAUGCUGAAGCUGGAACUGGUGAUUUUGAUUUAACUGAUUUUUUAAGAAAUCAAAAUGAACAAAGUGCUGCUGCUGGAUUUCAUCCUAAAAAUAUGGGUGUCAUUUGGAAAGAUUUAGUAGUACAAGGUUUAGGUGCCGAUGCCAAAGUCAUUCCUACCAAUUAUACUUGGAUUGCUUCUGCUCUUCAAUUCUGGAAAUGGGGUCGACAUGAAGGUCAUGAUUUUACUAUUCUUAAGGGCAAUGAUGGUUUUUGUAAAGAUGGUGAAAUGUUAUUGGUCUUAGGUCGUCCUGGUGCUGGUUGUACUACUCUUCUUCGUGUCCUUGCAAAUAUGCGUAAAUCUUAUACCAAUGUGAAAGGUGAAGUCUCUUAUGGUGGUAUUGAAGCUCAAGAAUUCAGUAAAUACUUUAGAGGUGAAGUCUGUUACAAUGAAGAAGAAGACUUACAUUAUCCUACUUUGACAACAAAACAAACUUUGACUUUUGCUUUGAAGAAUAAGACUCCUGGCAAGCGUCUUCCUGAUGAAAGUCGAAAGGAAUUUAUCAACAAGGUUCUUUAUAUGCUUGGAAAUAUGUUGGGUCUUACUAAACAAAUGGAUACAAUGGUUGGUAAUGCUUUUGUACGUGGUCUUUCUGGUGGUGAAAGAAAACGUCUUUCUAUUGCUGAACAAAUGACAACUUCAAGUUCAAUCAAUUGUUGGGAUUGUUCUACUCGUGGUUUGGACGCGUCUUCUGCUUUGGAUUAUGUUCGUUCUUUACGUAUCAUGACCGAUAUUUUACACAAGACAACCAUUUCAACUCUUUAUCAAGCUUCGGAUUCUAUCUUCCAUUUAUUCGACAAAGUUAUGGUAUUGGAUGAAGGUCGUUGUAUCUACUUUGGUCCCACCAGUACUGCCAAGAGUUACUUUGAAGAUAUUGGUUUCUAUUGUCCUGAUCGCAAAUCUACUCCUGAUUUUUUGACUGGUCUCUGUAAUGCCAAUGAACGUCAAAUGAAGCCUGGAUUCGAAAAUAGUGUGCCUCUCAAUUCUGUUCAAUUUGAAAAGGUGUACAAGGAAAGUGCUCUCUAUGCUGAAAUGAUGCGCGAACGUGAUGCCUAUGAAGCCAAGAUUGCUCAAGAUAAACCUUCUGAACAGUUCCGUGAAGCUGUUCGUGAAGCUCAUCAAAAACAUGCCUCCAAACGCUCUCCUUUUGUGUCUACUUACUAUCAACAAGUGGUAUCUCUUACUAUCCGUCAAUUCCAACUGAUUUUUGGUGAUAAGGGUGCUCUUGUAUCUCGUUAUGGUGGUGUUGUCGUUAAAGGAUUGAUCAUGGCCUCUGUUUUCUUUAUGAUUCCUACUGAUGUUACUGGUGCUUUCUCUCGUGGUGGUGCUAUUCUUUUCUCUCUACUUUUCAACGCUCUUAUUGCUCAAUCUGAAUUGGCUGCUUUCAUGCAAGGUCGUCGUGUAUUGGAAAAACAUAAAGGUUUUGCCUUGUACCAUCCGUCUGCCUUUUAUAUCGCUCAAGUUAUCGCUGAUAUUCCCUUGGCUAUUAUUCAAGUUUUGGUAUUUGAAAUUAUCGUUUACUUUAUGAUGGGUUUUGUCAUGGAUGCUGGAAAGUUCUUCACCUUCUUCAUCAUUCUUGUCUUUACCAAUCUUUGUAUGAAUGGCUUCUUCCGUUUCUGGGGUGCAGUUGCUCCUACUUUCUUUACUGCUUCGCAAGUCUCUUCUAUCUUCUUGAUUGCUGCCUUGGUAUACUGUGGUUAUCAAAUUCCUUAUAGACAAAUGCAUCCUUGGUUGAUGUGGAUUUAUUGGAUCAAUCCUCUAGCUUAUGGUUACAAGGCUGUUGUCUCUAAUGAAAUGACUGGUAUGGAAUUUAGUUGUGAAGGUGCUGGAUCUGUUCCUUAUGGACCCACAUAUCAAGAUCAAACGUACAAGACUUGUCUUCUCGCUGGUGCAAAACCUGGUGCUAGCUUUGUUUUGGGUGAUGAUUACUUGCAUACCGCUUAUGGUUAUGAAACUUGGCAACGUUGGAUUGAUUUCGUAGCUGUGGUCUUAUUCUUUAUCUUCUUCACUGUUAUUACUGCUCUUGCUAUGGAAUAUGUCGAAUUGAACAAGGAAGGUUCUGUUACAAAGGUGUAUAAACGUGGAUGUGCUCCCAAGGAAGAAGAUGAAAGCAAGCUUAUGGAACAAACAAUGACUGUCAAUGAUGAAGAAAUGGAAGCUGUGACAGAUGGUACUACUUUUUCUUGGCAUCAUAUGGAUUACACUGUCCCUGUCAAAGGUGGUAAACGUCAACUUUUGAAUGAUAUUGGUGGUAUCGUGAAACCUGGUCAUCUUACUGCUUUGAUGGGUUCUUCUGGUGCUGGUAAAACUACUUUAUUGGAUGUAUUGGCUCAACGAAAGACGAUCGGUAAGAUUGAAGGUCGUAUCUACAUGAAUGGUGAACCUCUUGGAAAUGAUUUUGAACGGGUUACCGGUUACUGUGAACAAAUGGACGUACAUAAUCCCAAUGCUACAGUUCGUGAAGCUCUUCGAUUCUCAGCAUACCUCCGUCAACCUGCAUCUGUCUCUAUUGAAGAAAAGAACGACUAUGUGGAACAAAUUAUUACUCUUAUGGAAAUGGAAAAAAUUGGCGAUGCCCUAGUUGGUGAUCUUGAAGCUGGUAUUGGUAUUUCUGUAGAAGAACGCAAACGUUUGACUAUUGCUACUGAAUUGGUUGGUAAACCAAAGUUACUCUUUUUGGAUGAACCUACUUCUGGUUUGGAUGCUCAAUCUUCUUACAAUAUUGUUCGUUUCAUUCGUAAAUUGGCUAAUGCUGGCUGGCCUGUCUUGUGUACUAUUCAUCAACCUUCUGCUACCUUAUUUGAACACUUUGAUCAUCUUUUAUUGUUAGUCCGUGGUGGUCGUACUGCUUAUUAUGGUGAAAUUGGUCCUGAUGCUCGUACUAUGAUUGAUUACUUUGAAUCUAAUGGUGGUCCCAAGUGUUCUCCAAGUGCCAAUCCUGCUGAAUAUAUCCUUGAAUGUGUGGGUGCUGGUACUGCUGGUAAGGUGACUCAAGAUUGGGCUGACGUAUGGGCAAAUUCAAAGGAAGCCAAGGCAUUGGAAGAAGAACUCGAAUCGAUUCACAAUUCUAUUGAUCGUAAUGCAAAGCGUAAGAAGGUAUCUACUUAUUCUCAAUCAUUCUGGCAACAAUUCUUAAUCGUCUACAAACGUAUGAAUGUUUCUUGGUGGCGUUGUCCUACUUACAACAUGGGUCGUCUAUUCAACGUAUGCUUUAUCGGUUUGCUAUCUGGUUUCUCUUUUUGGAAAUUGGGAAACUCUCCUGCUGAUAUGCAAAAUCGUAUGUUCUCAGUAUUCACUACUCUUUUGAUGAGUAACGCUCUGAUUAUCCUUGCUCAACCUCGAUUUAUGGCCGAACGUAUGUGGUUCCGACGUGAAUAUGCCUCCAAGUAUUAUGGUUGGGGUCCCUUUGCCUUGUCUUGUAUAGUGGUGGAAAUUCCAUACCUGUUUGUCUUAUCUGCUAUCUUUUUAUUCUGCUUCUACUGGACGGCUGGUUUACAAGAAGCCUCUGAUCGUAUUGGUUUCUUCUAUAUUCAUUUCUCUGUCUUCUUAUUGUACUCUGUCUCUUUGGGUUUCUUUAUUGCAUCAUUCAGUUCUACUCCUCCAAUGGCUGCUGUGAUCAAUCCUUUCUUCACUUCUAUUCUUAUCUUGUUCGCUGGUAUUAUGCAACCUCCUUCUGCUAUGCCUUACUUCUGGCGUGCGUGGAUGUAUUGGGUGGAUCCAUACCAUUAUUUGAUUGAAGGUUUGGUCGUCAAUGUUAUGGAUGGUGUCAAGGUCGUGUGUGAUGAAAGUAGUUGGAUCAAAGUCAAUGCUCCUGCAAAUCAAACAUGUGGACAAUACUUUACAGAAUUCUUUAAGGAUGGUGGUCUUGGUUAUUUGGAAGAUCCUGAUGCUACUGGCUCUUGCAACUAUUGCCAAUACAGCUAUGGUAACGACUUUUACGAAGCCAACAUUGGAUGGAGCUUUUCAAACCGCUGGCGCGACUUUGGUAUUCUUUGUGCAUACUGGGUAUUCAACGUCUUUGCUUUCAUUGUAUUUGUCUUUUUAUUCAGAAAGGCUAGACGAUAGACAAUUCCUUCCUUUAGAAAUAGCUUUUUUAGUAUAGAAAUUCAUUAUAUCACUGUAUUUUUUUUUUAUCAUUAGAAUUCUCAAUUAAAGCUGAUUCCUUAAUCUUUUUUUUUCUUUUCUUUCUUACCUCUAUCAUACUGUAG